UAUUGGUUGGACUUUGGUCAAGUUGUGGCCAUAAAGGUAGAUAGGCCCACUAGUAUAGUAGCAGACACAACUUAGUGUUGCUCAUACAGCGCUGCAGUCCUAAAUAGAGUGAGUUCUACUUUCAUGUAAACUAUGUGUGUAGUUGGGACAGGAGUGAAAGUCCCUGUAAAUGUAUUUUUGCUGGUAUAUUUUGCAUUGCUUGUGGAUUUGACUUGGACCCUGGGACAAUUGAGAGGCACAGGAUUCACGUUUAUAUUACCGGCUGGCAGAACAGAAUGCUUUUAUCAAACCACAUUGAAGGAUUGGACAAUGGACGUAGAAUACCAGGUAAUAGCCGGGGCCGGUUUGGAUGUCGGCUUCACCCUCCUCUCCCCCAGUGGACACCGGAUAGUCGCAGACUUCAGGAGCUCCGAAGGCAUCCACACAGUGGAAUCCGCGCAGGACGGCGACUAUCGGCUGUGUUUCGACAACAGCUUCAGCACGCGGUCGGAGAAAAUGGUGUUCUUCGAGGUGAUCGUUGACAGCCAGGGAGACCGCGGCAGAGAGGACGAGGCCUGGGGGGAGGUGGAUGCCACGGACAGUUUGGCUGAGUACAAGAUGGAGGAUAUCAGGUCGACUAUGGACUUUGUUCACCGAUGUCUAGAGAGGAGCCGGCACUUCCAGAACCUUCUGAGGACCAUGGAGGCGCGGGACCGUUACCUGCUGGAGGACAACCUGUGGAGAGUGUCCUUCUGGUCCUGCCUCAACCUGCUCGUCAUGCUGGCUGUGGCCUCCACGCAGAUCUACACGCUGCGGAGGCUCUUCGACGACAAGAAAAGGACCUUCACGUAGUCAUAGUAUUUAGUUCAGUUGUAUCUGUGUCAGUGAUUAAUUGCUGUCUUAGAUAUUGGUUCUGGCCGAGGUGUGUGUAACGUCAAUAUAGUCACAGGCCUAUUCCUCUCCUGAUCUCAGAGGUGUGAUUCUCUGAAAAGCUCUGCACCGCUUGUGUAGACACGAGUAGGAGGCCUGUAGGGCGAGGUGCGAUCUAUCCGCCUCACACACACCAUUCAGAAACGUAACACUGAAUAUGGGCAUUUGUUUAUCGGAUCUUCAAACCGACCAUUAUUUAAAUAUUUAAGAUGCAUUAAAGAACAAAUUUUGUUUUAAUAUAAUUUAAGAUGUUCAUUCUCAUUUUAUUUUAUAAUAGGCUACCAAAAUUACUCAAAAUAAAAACCUUUGUUUACCCCAGAGUAGGCCUAAAAAGUAUAAGUGGUUGAAGGCACGUAACAAAACUGCCACAAACAAGAUGUAGGUAUUUACAGAAAUGUCUAACUAUUGAUCUAAUUUGUACACAGCUGUCCUCUCUCUGGUGGAGUUUCAAGCAGGUUGCCCACAACAAGUCAGAUUUAUACCAUCAGUUACCCUUUCAGGAUCAUAGUUUGGAUGGAAAAACGUUUUACAUAAUGAAACUUCUGAAAGUUGUACAGGCACACAUUUUGACAUAAUUUUAUAACAAAUUCUAAUAUUUCUACAUCACAUAGCUUACUUCCGCAACAACCCUGUUCACCAUUUAUCGGAGACCCAUGCCUUUAUAUUGAAAUGGCCAAAUAUUAUUUAAAUAAUUGAAAAGCAAUCAUGUUUUAUAUACAAACUAAUCAACAUUUUUUGUCGCAGGAUAUAAAAAAAA